CCAGAAGGCACCAAAGUCAUUCGUUCAAGUAAUCAGAGUACCAGUACCAGUACAGUCAGAAUACUUUCAAAGUAAGGGACUGUUGUCUUUUCUCCAGUCGCGUUAUCACGACAAUAACAAACAAAACUUGAAAUAAAAACAGUUUUAAAAAAUCAAAUUUUUACAAUCCACAUAAAAAAUAUAUUUGUGCAAAGUGAAUAAAAGUACACAAGUCAUGAAAAUACAUAUUGUAUUAUCACUUUCAAAAUAAAACUCUGUGAUUCCUUGUAUAGGGUGUAGGCCAACUCCCCUCUCUGCACAAUACAUUUGACGUAGAAAGGAACACAUUGGAAAGACGGGAGUAAGUAAGAAGUGAUAAUCGUAACCAACGGGAUAUCUGGCCAUGGAUACUGUUGACAGUGCGAGCAGACGACAUCCAACUAGAGUAUUCAAAAAACCUUGUCCUAAUGGAAAAAUUACAGUUUACUUAAGCAAACGUGAUUUUGUUGAUCAUAUGACACACAUCGAUCCUAUUGACGGCGUGGUUCUGAUAGAUCCAGAUUACGUUAAAGACCGUAAAGUAUUUGGCCAUGUUCUGGCUCAUUUACGAUUUGGCCGAGAAGAUCUCGAUGUACUUGGAUUGAUCGUUAAACGUGAACUUUAUCUCGCGACAGAUCAAAUUUAUCCGGCUCCACCGAACAAAGAACAGCCACAAAAAUUAACGCGAUUACAAGAGAGAUUAAUUAAAAAAUUAGGCAGCAAUGCAUAUCCUUUUUAUUUUAAAUUACCGCCAAAUUGUCCGGCUUCGGUGACACUGCAACCGGCAAUAUGUGAACCAGGAAAAGCUUAUGGUGUUGAUUACGAGCUUAUCGUUUUUCUCGGCGAGAAUAAGGAUGAUAGACCACAAAAACGGAGUACUGUACGGUUAGCCAUAAGAAAAAUAAUGUACGCGCCCUCGCGACAGGGUGAACAGCCAUCAAUAGAAGUCAGUAAAGAAUUUAUGAUGUCACCAAACAGACUUCAUCUGGAAGCAUCCCUAGACAAAGAGCUCUACCAUCACGGGGAAAAUAUUGCGGUAAAUGUUCACAUAGCCAAUAACAGCAAUCGAACAGUUAAAAAAAUAAAAGUAUCGGUGAGACAGUUUGCCGAUAUUUAUGGUUAUUCAUCGUCGCAGUACAAAUGCAUUGUUGCUGAGACCGAGAGCGAGGAAGGUUGUACAGUCGGGCCAGGUUUUACAUUGAGCAAAGUGUUUACAGUGACACCACUGCUUGCCAACAGCAAAAACAAAUGGGCCUUAGCAUUAGACGGGAAACUUAGACAUGAGGACACCAAUUUAGCGUCCAGUACGCUUAACGUUGAUCCUUCGCAACGUGAAAAUCUUGGAGUCAUCGUGCAGUACAAAGUUAAAGUUAAAUUGUGCCUCGGAGCAUUGGGAGGUGAACUCGUGGCAGAGUUACCAUUCAUUUUAAUGCACCCAAAGCCCGAAGAAGAGACUCUACCUCCUGUAACAGAUAGACAGAGUCCAACUUGUCCGUCUGAGAAUGGAGAAUGUGCAAACGAUACUAAUCUCAUUCAAUUGGAUGCGGAAGAUGACAUCGGCAACGAUGAUAUAAUAUUUGAAGAUUUCGCUCGCUUGCGGCUCAAAGGUGAAACAGAUGCCUGACCAACUGACCCAGGCAAUACGUGCUAUCAAUCUACCAUACUGGUUUUAAAUUGAAAUUAUUUGAAACAUGCCUUGAAGUCUACUGUGUAAAGUGUAAAGCUCAAGAUGACGAGAACAAGGAAGCGCUAGAACAAGAGGAAGCUCUCUAUGUCAGAUGAAUAGUUUUGUUUAUUGUCAACCAACACGACUGAUUUUUAUUUUAAAAACACUGGUAACGAUCAAUUACGCUUAUUAACAUAUUCUUUGUCUGUACACACACAACGUACAGUGACAACCAACAAAACAAUUUGCUUUUUAUUUUAAAGCUAUUAAGCUACUGGCGCACAUUACCCGAUUGAGUUUAUUACAAAUCCAUUUAUAUAUUUUAUUUCUUGUACAUUAUGUAGAUUAUUUUUGUCCACUGACGUUCUUGUUAUACGACAAGACACACAAAUAUUUAAUUUAUUUAAAGUUUAGGAUAGAAAAGUCGAAUUUUUUUUUUAUUUUAAUUAUUAUUUACAAAUUAUUUAAAUCUCAUAAUUAUUCAAAUGCGCGCGCACGUCAAACUUUUCUUUUUUUUAUCAAAGUAAAUUAAUCAUUAGCAUUUGGAAUUGUUUAAGUAUUUGAGGAUGAAAAAUAAACUUGUAUUAAAGUAAAAGACCUAGUACCCGAUCAGGGAACUAGUACUCGAUCUCUCCAUGCAAUUGUAUAUAUAUAUAUUUAGUAAAAUUUAGUAAAUAUAAAUAUACAAGUGCAUGGGUGAUCGAGUACUAGUUCCCUGAUCGGAAACUGGGUCUCUUACCUUAUAAGAUUUUUUUAUUAUUUGUCUUAUAAAAAGAAAAUUUCUACCUCAUAUUUAUUUUUAAAUAUUUUUAUGGUUCUAAUCCAUUGAAUAUUUAAAAUUAUUUAGCAUAAUGCUGCAUUAUUACUAAAAUGAGAAUGCUUCGAGUCAUUAAAAUUACUUAUUGAAAAUUUACUUAAAUAUUUCAAUGCGCAGCUUUAAUGUAAAUGCACUAAAAGAUAAUAUAAAUAACUACUAAAUAACUAAAAGAGAUUUAACAAAAAUAUCCAUUAAUGAAAUGUGCAUUUAUUGUAAAACUCAUAGGAAUUUUCGAUUGUCAAUUUAAAAAUUUAAGUAUAAGAUAACAUAGACUUAAUUAUUCGUGGCAUUAGUGUAUAAAUUAAGUUAUUGAGUAGUUAAUGAAUACGAUCUAUGCGAUUUGAAUAAUCUGUAGAUGUGGAUAAAUAAUUUGCUAAUUAAAAUAAGCAAAUGAAUAAUUUUUUUCUUAUUUAAAUACUCAGUGUCGCUUCUAACUAGACAUUUGUUGCGCAAUUAUAUAUAAUUAUUUCAUGAAAUAAGUAACAAAGUAUUGUUUUUUUUUUUCUUUAAUAUUAUUUAUUUAGUUAAUUAAAACAUUCGAUAAAGUUGACUGUAAAUAUUUUUUUAAAUUUUAUCGAAAGUCAUUUUGCUAAAAAACCAAAAUAAUUAUAAUAAUAAUAAUGAGUAAUAUUUUACGGAUAGAAACGUGAAAUAUUUUUAUCAAAGAAUUAUAAUUAUAAUCACUGUGGGCAUAUUUGCGCAGCAACGAAUGGUAAUUUUAUAUAAAUUAUUUAAAAUAUAAAAAUAAAAUAAUUAUUUGUAUUUGUAAAUACUGAAGUAUAUUAUUAAUAUUUUAAAUUAUUUAGAUUAAUCAUUGUAUUAAUAAUUUAAUUAUGUAUGUAUGUAUGAAAUUGUGUUCAUUUUUAUUUUAUUUAAUUAUAUUAUAUGAGAUUGCUGAGUUGUCAAAUAAUGAAUGUAAAU